CUGGAGAGGAGGAGUCGGCGGUACAGGUGAAACUGUGACUAAUGCGCGACUUACAUCACCCGGGGAACUACAAGUUAUGGACAUGGGUUUGGAGGUGCUUGAACACCAUGGGUGAGUCCUAAGGAUGGCCAAAGAGUUGAGCCAGGAGGAGGUACUGGACUUUCUGUGCCAGCGUGGGGGCAAAGUGGCCAAUGCUUCCCUUUUGGUUCACUUUAAGUGCUUUUUAAGGGAUCCACAGGCGCCGGAUACGGUGCUGCUAAAGCGGAGGGACAAGUUCAAGCGUUAUGUCAACUCUGUGGCUGUGGUCAGACAGGAGGGCAGUGUCAAGUACGUGGUCCUUAGAAACAGAUAUCGGGACCUGCUAGGAGAGGAGCUUCAGCCGGCAGCACCAGCACCUGAAGAUGUGGGGAGCGAGGAGGAAACAGAUCAAGUUGUGCUUCCGAUCGUGCAGGGACAAGCCUACCUGCCACCUCAAGUCGGGGAGGAGCGGCUCAAACAAACCCAUACAUGGCGAGAAGGCGACGUGAUCCUUGGAUAUUGUGAACUGAGAGCGGCAGCCCCCUGCAGCCCCACGCAGCCCCACGCUGCACCCAAGUCAUGGGACUUGGGUGAAUCAAUCGGUGGAAAACCGCGGGUCGACUCUUUACACUGGAAUGCAAAGCGCGUAGAUUCGCCAAUACCAGAGAGUCUGCCAGUCUCCCCUAACUGCACUCUCGCCCUCGAAACCAGUUUCACCUCGAAAUUGCAGGUCCUCACAUCCCGACCACCCAACCACUCCUUGUCCUCUAACAACCUUUCCUCGUCCUUCUCCUCACCAGAAAGCCCUGGUUUUGUUGCCAAGAUCUAUGAUGCUAGCCCUCCCUUGGCUGGGAGUAGUCCCAACAGCAGGGAUCAGCCACCUGAGAGACAGAACUUCAGUGAAGCUGCAAAUGCUUUUGUGAGUGUAACCUGUACAGAUUUGAAAGAACAAAGGGAAGGGUGUCCUGCUUGCACUGAACCCCUUGCACCCCAACUCAACCAAAACUGUGAAUACCCACAGCUCCACUGUGCACAAAAACAUAAUGAUUUGCACAGGGAAGGUAAGACAAAUGGCUUUCAUCUGGCGAAUUCUCCUUCCAGGUACCCACAUUGCACACCACGUUGCUCCUACCCCCAACUCCUGCAUGAGACUGAUAUUACUCCAGAUGUGCCACUUGCAGAUGUUCAGGCAGCAACUUCCUACCCUUCUUCUUUUUCUGGGAAUGAUAUGUAUGGAAUGUGGAUGUGCCAGAUUCCCGUAUUUAAAAGUAUCAGGUGCCAACUUUCCCUGCAGGAUCUGGAUGACUUUGUUGACCAGGAGACCUGUGGUAGUGAAGAGAGUGACAGUGGUGAUUGUGACACAGAACCCAGAUCAGGCACCCAUUCUAUUUGAAUUAGUGAGAAAUGCACCACAGAACAAAAUAAGCUCAUGCUUUUGGGAGGCUGUUUCAUCAUCUGACGAGGAAUUGCUUGAGAGGAAUUACAGAAAGAGAAGACGGUCUUCUCGUCGCAAGAAAUCGCCCAGUUUUUCAGUACUGUGUGCCCAGCCUGACACUGACAGACUUUUUGCAACCAAGUGUGUAAGCUCUUGCAGUUUCUUGAUAAAUAACAACCUCCAGGAACAGAUUACACAAGCACAGUGUAUACCAAAAGACAGUAGUAAUUUUGAUAUAAAAAAAUCUGCCAGUCAGAAAUCUUACGUGGUACCUUUAGACCCAAUAGAACACAACUGGAUUGUUAAAACAGCUUGUGGGUUAUGGCUUCAGGUUUACGGCAUGUUUAGCAUAGAUCCUCACUUAGCUUUACACAAAGAUUUCAUCACUGGCUGCACUGCUUUGCACUGGUUUGCAAAGCAUGGUUGCCUUGAUUUGUUUAACAAGUUUGUUAUUGGUGCUAAAAAGGCAGGAAUAGAACUGGAUAUGAAUGUGAAAACGAGCAAUGGAUACACCCCUUUACACAUUGCUGCUAUCCAUGGGCAUCAUAAAGUUGCUGUCAUGCUGGUUGAAAAACUCAAAGUGAAUGUGAAAGUGAGGGAUAACAGUGGAAAAAGGGCUUGGCAGUAUCUAAAUAGUGCAAGUUCUGGAGAAGUGUGGCAGCUUCUUGGUGCACCAAAAGGAAAAACAAUAUUUGCAUCUCAUGCCUUACAUACUUCUCAGAAUUUAAGCACACGCAAUAAUACAUCAAGCCAGCUUACCAGAAAAGCCUCCCUGGCUGCAUUCUGUAAGACCCAGCAUCAGAGAUGGAAAGUUAACAACCAGUCUUUCCUGACUGAAAGGGAGAUCUAUAGUGAUUGAAAGGUGGCCAACACUCAAAACUUGUGCUUUGGUCUUAUGCAGAUAUGGGACAGUGCCCUAAUUUUAAUUUAGGCAGAUACACUUUUUAUAUUUAUUUACAAGGCCAUGCACUGAUAUGCACAGAUAUAUAAUGUCUUUAUGAACAGUCAUAUGUAGUGUAAAAAUCAGAUUUUGUAUUAUAGCUUGCUAGAGAGAUGUAAUUUUCCUUUAUUUAGACCUAUAUACAAAAGAAAGGUAGUUGUAUUGUCUAUUGUUUUAUUGUACUGUCCAUGAAUUUGAUCUCUUAUCUGUAAACACACAUAACAAAUAAUUAAAACUAAUUUUUUUUUUCUGUCCAUAUCCAUUUUAGGGGCAAAACAACCCUAUUGAUUUUUUUUAAUAUUUAAAUCAUUUUUAACAGACUUAAGGUAUGGAGAUCCAAAUUAUACAGCAACAUUUUUUAUCCAGAACACUCCACGUCCCAAGCAUUCUGGAUAAUAGAUUCAAUACUUCUACAAGCACAUAAUCUCAUCUAAGCCAUAUAGUCUACUAAUAUAGGGUGUUUUGUUUUUAAACCACAAGAUAGAUGAAUCAUUGUGACCCAUGCUGGGUAACACCUAACUAACUAUACAUAUUUUAAAUACAUCAGAUAAUCUUGCUGGCAUAUGCUGACAUGGCUUUUUUUGGGUUAAGACCGGUACAGUAGUUACAUAGUUACAUAGGGUUGAAAAAAGACCAUUGUCCAUCAAGUUCAACCCAUCCGAGUAAACCCAGCACACAACCUAUACUAACCAAUCUAUACACUCGCAUACAUAAACUAUAUAUAUAUACAACCAGUAAUACUAACUGUAGAUAUUAGUAUCACAAUAGCCUUGGAUAUUCUGCUUGUUCAAAAACUCAUCCAGGCCCCUCUUAAAGGCAAUGUCCUGCAAAACUGCUACAGUUAAGCAGAGCCUCUCUGUGACUAAAUUGCCAUGUGUACCAAGUCUGCUUAUAUAUUUUGCUUUUGUGAAAGGAGCAGAGUGCACAUAACAAAGCUAUCACAGUAGUUGAGCGCAGGUGUCCACAUACACGUGACAUAGAUGACUUUCUUGACAUCCUGGCAAGACUCAUUGCUAUAAGCUGCAUUUAGGUGUAGCUGUAGUUGUGGUAUUAAUUGCUGUCAGACUUCUUCUUUGUAACCUUCAGUCCUGGUCUAUGGCCAAUAGUGAAAAAAUAAAGGGAAAAUAAAGUUCUAUAUUUAACCUUUGUUAAAAAAAAAGCCAAAUAAAUUCUAUACAAGUGAUUAAAGGGCAGAGGAGUUGUCAUACUUUGAUAAACAUGUAUGUGUUUUUAAGGCAGAAUUAAAGAAAUAAAUACCCAGAUAAAACUACAAGUGACACUAAAAGAUGAUAUUAAAAGAAAGUGAUGUACGCACUAUUUACAUGCAAUUGAUUUAACAAUGGUUUUUUUUUCGGGCAAUAUAUUUUCUUUGAUUUAUAGUGUCAGCAGACAUCUUUUAUCUGUUUUAUUGAAAGUCUUAUAAAAUUAAAAAAAAGACUGUAAACUUAAAGGGACAUAACCCCAAUAAUAGUUGCAAGUUAUUUAAGUUUAUUUGUAAAUUAACUGCAAUUGAAAACUGCAUUUGUACCUUUCUGUACUGCUGGUUUUGACCUUUUAAACAGUGUCUCAAAAGUCAGCUCUGCACCAGCCACAACAAUUUUGUUUAUCAGUUAGCAAAACAGCAUUGCAUUUACAAAUAAAGUUGGCCAUACACGGACCAAUAAAAGGACCAACAAUUGGAUGAGCCUACUUUGGCCCUGUGGCCAAUGGCCAGAUUGAGGAACUAAGGGACUGAGAAAAUAUGCACAGCAUUUUAAGAUAACCGUUAAUCAAUAUAAUAAGUGUGCGUAGUAAAUUAUUUUCACUCAUACAUAUAAAUAACGUGAAGACCUGCUUUAUUUGUGCACAGAACAUUCCACUGAUAAUGUAUCUUUUAAAUGUGUUACUUUGUGAUUUGCUAUGUAUUUAAUAUUUUAAUAUACCACAAAAAUUAAUAUGAUUUUCUUCAGUA